AGAGAAGAGGAAAGUCCAUUCCCAUGAUUCAAAAAAUACUUUCAAGAUGCUCAUAAUGUUGCCCCAGGGGAGGAACUGGAAGUCCAUGUGUAAAGGCCUUGUUCUGGGAACCCUUCUCACUAGCUUCAUGCUGCUUCUGUACUCCUAUGCUGUUCCACCCUUACAAGUUAGCAUGACAGAGAUUCCCAUCCCUUAUUCAUGCUCUUCCUACCGCACCCAGGCCCGGCUAUCAGUUUCAGGAAAUAGUAGCCAGGGCCCACCAGGACAAAAAUGUCUCCCCAAACUAGAUAUCAUGUUCAUGAAGACCCAUAAGACAGCUAGUAGCACCAUCCUGAAUAUUCUCUUCCGCUUUGGGGAGAAACACCACCUCAAAUUCGCCUUCCCCAAUGGACGUAAUGAUUUCCACUACCCAUCCUUUUUUGAACGGAACCUGGUGAAGAACUAUCAGCCUGGCAUGUGCUUCAACAUCAUUUGUAACCACAUGCGCUUUCAGUAUGAGGAAGUGCGCAAGUUACUGCCAGCUGACACUGUCUUUGUGACAGUGCUGCGGGACCCUGCCUACCUCUUUGAGUCUACUUUCCAUUACUUUGGGAGCAUCAUUCCUUUGACCUGGAAGUUGGGAGAUGAUAAGCUGGCUGAAUUCCUGAGGGAUCCUCGGCAUUACUAUGAUCCUAACGGGUUCAAUGCACACUACCUCCAGAAUCUCCUUUUCUUUGACUUAGGCUAUGACAACAACAUGGAUCCCAACAGCCCCUUAGUUGAAGAGUAUAUUCAUGAGAUUGAUGAACGUUUCAGUUUGGUCAUGCUUUUGGAGUACUUUGAUGAAUCUUUGGUGCUUCUGAAGGACUUGUUAUGUUGGGAGCUGGAAGACAUUCUGUAUUUCAAGCUCAAUAUUCGCAAAGGCUCCACAGUCUCAAAGCUGACAGAUGAACUCUACCAAAAGGCCACAGUUUGGAACCUAAUAGAUACCAAACUCUACCAGUACUUCAAUGCCACUUUCUGGCAUAAAGUGGAAGUAUAUGGGAUGGCAAGGAUGGCUAAGGAUGUAGCCAGACUUAAGGAAGAGAAUGAGAAGAUGAAGAGUAUCUGCAUCGAUGGAGGCCACCCUGUGGAUGCCAGUUCCAUUCAGGAAUCUGCCAUGCAGCCAUGGCAGCCACUGGGUAAGAACUCCAUCUUAGGCUACAAUUUGAAAAAGAGGAUUAACAAAAAGCAUCGGAAGCUUUGCCGCAAGAUGCUUACCCCUGAAAUCCAAUACUUGACAGACCUUGGGGUCAACCUGUGGAUCACCAAACUAUGGAGCUGGGUGCAGAAAUUUUUGAAGUGGCUUUGGCAAGAAGAAAGCAGGUAAAACUGAAAUAGGUGGAUCUCAUGUACUCUUCCAAUGUGGAUUCCAGCUCUCUGAGGUUGCUCUGCUGCUUGAACUACUUAUGAGCACAGUGAAAAACAGACCAAGAAGCUUUUACCAAUUGCGGUAUUUUGCUAUUUGGAACUUCAUUCCCUUCCUCCAGCUCUCAUACUGAAACUCUUGUGGACAGCAAUCAUAAGAUAAACUGCUUACCCUGUUUUAUUAAUGUGUAAGAUAGUUUGGCAGAUUGGGGAAGUGCGUGCAUGAAGAUAUUUGCUCAUGUACUGUUUCUUUUAUUUGUGAAUAUGAGUGGAUGUUCCUUUCCUAGAGGCAAAUCAAACAUGUAGUUUGCCCUGAACUACAGUAAAGAGAGAGAACAUGCAUUGGCGGGACAGUACAUUUCUUCAUGUACUUUGAACAUAUCUGCACCAAAAGCUUAAGCAAGCAAUUGUCAUUCCCUCUUCCCUUGGAACUCUGAGCAUUGUAAUUUUCUGUUGAAGUUUUGAAACUUCUAACAGGACCUUCCACCAAAUUCCAGUUCUCAGGAUGCUUUGCAGAGAAGGAAGCCAAGUAUUUAAUUACUAUUGCUGUUACACUUUUAUAGUGCAGGUGUGCCCAUGUGAAACUUAAAUAUUACAAUGAGUAGAUGAGCUGUGAAUGAGUGUUUCUGUAUGUGUGCAUACUUAAGUUAAGCUCCCACACUGAACCAGAAUAGCAUCUUGUUCAAUUGCCUUGCUAUGUUCAUCCUGUGCUUGAAUCAAUGCUGAGCAUUUUGUUGCCUGCAAGAAUGGGGGAUGAGCAGAUUCUACACUGUGUUCCCCAAAUCUAUCUCUGUUUAAAAUUGCACAAAACAGUGUGUGGGAUGGGAUUUGCACAAAUUCACAGCACUCCAGACAGUCCAUUCCAGUCAGUGAAUGCCAAGGUCAACGUAAGCCACUUUCUUUCUAAUUCCAGGCAAACUGAGGCAGUAGAGCAUGGCCAGGAGAUCUUCUACUCAAUAGGAGGGAAAAGACUGGCCAGGCAAUCAGUUUUUCACAGACUAUCUUUUAAUCGCAUUUGGUGCUUACAGAUAGUUGAUUUGGAGUUGUCUUAUGGAUUUGUGGAUUACUAUGGCUGAGGCUGGAUGUGUCUGCACUGACCACUCUCAGAAACCACCUGUGUGCAUGGUUUCAUCUGCUUAUGUGGCCUUUCCUUUGCUCAUAAAGGCACGUUUUUAUUUUUGCUAAGUAGUUAGUAAUAAGUGGGUUUCUUUACAUAUUAUUUUAAAUAUUUGAGUUAUUAGCAAAUGAACUGAAAACCAAAAAAAGACAUUGCCUGGUGAGGCACCCAGGAAUUCACAUGUCGCUUACUAAAACCCAAUAAAUACAAACUAUUCUAAAGCAAAACAAACUCUUAAUGUUGAUCAUUUCUGUGUCUUAAACUCCAUCCUUGCGGGAACAGGAUGUAGCGAUGAACAUGGAGUUAGAAAUGCUGUUAAAAGGUAACCAGAAAGAGAGCUUCAGGUUAGUUUUCUGUGCCCUCAAUGUGCUUGGGGGCAGGGUGUGUGCAAACAUCUAUCUGUGUGUUUGUAUGUAUGGUCACUCAACUGCGCCCUGAACCAUCUUUUGUAUGUCCAUGUGCAACAGAAACUGGUCCUGGUUCCUUCCUCCAAACAUGGCUUGUUCUUCUGUCUACCCAGACUUAAUGUCCUCACUGGUUCAAGGAUCUCAGAGUUUUUUU